UGCCCCCGCUGCUCUCCUCUCCUCCGAGAUCCCGGCACCGUCCUGUCCCGCCGCGCCGACAGCUCCCCGCCCAGACUGCUGCACGCGCGGAUCUAGCGUCGCCUUCCGCUCCGCUGCGAUGCAUAUACGCGCCGUCGCCGCCGCCGCCGCACUUGUCCUCCUCCUCGCCCUCUCCGUCCCCGCCCCCGUCUCCGCCGCCGACCAGGAUGCUAAUGGCGCUGCCGGGAAUGGCACUGGCGUCGGCGCCGACCGCCUGGACCGCCGCACCAAGAUGUUCCUCCACCACACGGUGCGCGGGGCCGCGGCCGGGGCGCACGACACGGGGCUGGGGCUCCUCGACGCCUUCUUCGCCAGCCUGUCCAUGAUCGUCGUCAGCGAGAUUGGCGAUGAGACGUUCAUCAUCGCGGCGCUGAUGGCGAUGCGGCACCCCAAGUCGACGGUGCUCUCGGGCGCACUGUCGGCGCUUGUAGUUAUGACGGUGCUGUCUACUGGACUAGGCAGGAUUGUUCCGAAUUUGAUAUCGAGGAAGCACACUAACAGCGCGGCGACAGUCCUCUAUGCAUUUUUUGGGCUACGGCUCCUGUACAUCGCUUGGAGGUCAGAUUCCAAGGCAUCACAGAAGAAGGAAAUAGAAGAGGUAGAGGAAAAGCUGGAAGCAGGCCAAGGGAAGUCAACAUUUCGACGUGUUUUCUCGAGAUUCUGCACUCCUAUUUUCCUGGAGUCAUUUGUGUUGACCUUCUUGGCGGAGUGGGGCGACCGAAGUCAGAUAGCUACAAUAGCGCUGGCGACCCACAAGAACGCGGUCGGAGUCGCUACGGGAGCGACCUUGGGGCACACCAUCUGCACGUCGAUCGCGGUGGUGGGCGGCAGCAUGCUGGCCUCCAAGAUAUCUCAGGGCACGGUCGCCACCGUCGGAGGCCUCCUCUUCCUUGGGUUCUCUCUUUCGUCGUAUUUCUACCCGCCAUUGUAGUACCACCCUGUCAUGCGAGCCCCCUAUUUGUUUCUUGGCCAGCUUCCUCAUUGAUCCAGUGACCCUUGUCCUGCGGCAUUUUUUUUCCUGUACUAGUAAAGCAUACAUGGAUAUGUGUAGUAGGUAGGGAUAUAUACGAUCAUUGCCAAUGUAUACCAUACAAGUCAUGUCAUGGAUUCAAAAACAGACGGAAGAGCUUUUUGUCACGAAUUCAAAAACAGACGGAAGAGCCUUUGUCACG